UGCUAAGCAGUGCAAAAUAGAAGGAUUUCGGUUAAAGUUUAUUCAGAUAGAAAUGGAACGAUUUUUUCUGUCGGCCUCCCCACCGCGUGCGGUCAUCUAGUACUUGAUUAUAUCCAAGGGGUCGAAGAUUCGACCCUUCCUCCAGCGAACCAUAAAUAAACCAAAUUUAAACCCUGAUUUCAUAUUUCAAUUGCACGAAGAAGCUCCUUACUCUUCCAGGAAGAUCUGUCUUCCAGUUAGAAUAUUAACUUUUCGAUGGAAACUUCCGUACAGAAGCGAUUAAGAUUUCAAAAUGAGGUUAUGAAGUGGUUGACUGAACUAUCAGGUAAUCUAUUAACGAGAGCCAAUGAUGUUACACAUGAAAUAGAUGAAUUAUUAGGUCAGACUGAUACUGUUGAACAAGAUAUGAAGAAUACACUCAAUUCUUUCAGAAAUCUUACUUGCAUUGGUUUCGUGGACAAUAAAAUAACCGAAGAAGAUGACAACACUGACCAUUCAAAUGAAAGAACUAGAAGAACUGGUGAUACAAGUAUUCGUGCUCAAAGCUAUGAAGAAGAUAUAUUGCCGAGAUAUAGAGAGGCUUUAUCUGUUGGUUUGAGUUCUUAUCGCGGUCACAUGCAGAAAACAAACAGAACCUCCCCAUCAGGCUCUGUCUUCAAAAGUGGGUUAGCAUCCAAUUGUCUCCCACAUAUAAUUGGUUCAGCUGAAUAUAUACAUGACAAUAGUUGUGGUUUAACAGAUGACUUCUCAUCGGAGAGUUCAUCUCUUGAUUUCAGCCACUUGCUAGGACCGAAACAAGCCACUUUUAGUGCCAUAAAAUUUGGUUCAGAAUCUUCAGAUGCUAUAUUCAGUGAUGUAUUUGGGGCACCACAAGGCCAAACUGAAAAGGAUAGAAGUGACCCACUCGUUUCUGCUGCUUUAGAUUUUAAAGCGAUGCUUGAAGCUGCACUUCUCAGUCCCUAUAAAUUCUACGAUGAGGGAAGCUCAUCAUUGUCAGACCCGGUCCACAGUUUUGAUACCAAUACAGAGCAAAGGCAUUCACGUCUGGAAAAUUUGCUGUCUACCUCAUCUGAUGCUGUUGAAGAUCGUAAUUCUCAAAACCCUUCUGGAACUAUGGAUACAGAUACCACUCUGCCUGUGACCCCUAGAAACCUCUACUCAGAAACACAAUGGAUUGGUUCUGAAUUAAUAUAUGAGAGUCUUUUCUCUGCGGAAGAAGAGUCGAUGCUUGUAACCAGUCACGAUACACAUGACGACCUGUCAACCAAAAACAUGUCUAGCCGUGUAGAUAAUGAGAUUUCAGCAGAUAGCAAGAAGGACGACACCAUCCGUAAUUCCAAAACGGAAGAUGAAUAUGUCGAUGCCAUUGAAGAUGACAAUGUGCCUCGUGCAGCAAUUGUACAGGAAAUAUCGACAACCUCAUUAUCUUCACCAGAGGAUGUCGUCAAUGUUGAAUAGGCUAGCUGGAGAUAAGUGAACUGACAUGUUGAUGCACUGUGCUGGUUAGAAUGUAAUGGAGGUGGGAAGCCAGGUGAGGCUCGCCAGCACCCCAAUUGUUGUAAGGCUGAAAUUGUUGUGAAGAAGUUUAUCUAAUCUAGUCAUGAGCUUGAUAUUCAAGUAGCAAUUUGAUAUAGUUAUGUACCUCAUCUUUAGAGUUGUAUGUAUAGUGUUGUAGUUCCAUUUUGUUGUGUACUUAUGUAUAGUGUUGUAGUUUCAUUUUGUUAGACAUUUGGGAAUAUUGGUUUCAAUUUUUUCACACA